CGAGAAUCAAUGACAUAACUUUUCGACCAUGCCGUGGUUAAAGCUCCAUCAGUGGACACUCUAAAAUAGAUGUUGGAUUAGCUGAGAGACCAUCAGUGCCCAAGACUAGCACAAGCCACCCAGUCUCCUGUCCUUUUUUGUCUGAAACUUAGUUAGGCCGUUCAAGGUCGCGGAAAAAACCGCGGUUGUUUCUGAAAUUGGUGUGGAUUUUUUUCGUUCUGUCUCCUCAGCCUAUUUUUCACAAAGUCAUACGAUGGUGAAAGCUGUUUGUAUUAUGACUGGUGCAGCUGGCGUAAAAGGUGUUGUCAAAUUCACUCAAGAAACUGAUAACGGACCUGUUCAUGUUCACGCCGAAUUCAGUGGACUCAAGGCUGGUAAACAUGGCUUUCAUGUUCAUGAAUUUGGUGAUACAACAAAUGGAUGUACUUCAGCUGGAGCUCAUUUCAAUCCAACUAAACAAGAACAUGGAGCACCGGAAGAUAGUAUUCGCCAUGUUGGUGACCUGGGAAAUGUUGUGGCGGGUGCUGAUGGAAACGCAGUUUAUAACGCGACUGACAAAUUAAUAUCUUUGAACGGCUCUCAUUCAAUCAUUGGUCGAACUAUGGUUUCGAAGAGCGUUAAUUGUCGUUGUGGACAGAUUCAUGAGCGCGUACUUCGUAUAGAAGUGGUGCCGAUAGCAUCAUUUUUACAUCAAUUAGAUCGAAGGAUGAAGGGUUCCACAGCAGGACCGCCCUUGGCUUAUAAUUUGUAUCAUGCCUGAUAACCUCUCAAUCACUUAGUUGAAUUAUCUGUAGGAUUCUAACCAAAGGAGUCGUGAAUGAUCAAUAGAUACCAGUCAUGUACAACUUUCUUUCAUACUUCGGCACCAUUCCAUAAACUGACCAGUUCUACUCUCUCCAACCAUUCUCAACGUCACCAUAUAAUCAUAAUGCAUGCAAUAGCUCACAUAUUCUGGAAUUUCUUUCAUCCCUAAACUAUCUCAAGUCAUUGAUUAGUCGAAGGUUGAUUAGUAUCUUUCUAUUUCUUGUCAUUUAUUUGACAUAAGCAAUGUAUGACAUAGUUAACAAUAUGAGAGAAAAACAGUUUUGUAUUACAGUUGUAUAUUUUACAUAUAUAAUUUAGGCAAUAAUCCAAGUAUAUUUUCUGUUAUUACUUGUUGAUUACGUUCUAGUUCUGAUCAUAUAAUUUUAGCAAAAUUGAUAUAUUGUUUAUGAAACUCUAUAUUCUUUAGUGAACAUAUUUACCAUCG